AUGCUUGGAAGAUGCACAGGGGUUCUGCGAUCACAAUUUACCACCGGAUCAAUCCCUCGACCAAGAUCAACCGAGGGUGUUCCUAUGAAGCAAUUCAAGGAUCGCUCUGUAAUCUCACCACCUAAUUCCAAAAAAAAUACCUCAAAGAACAAGUUACGCUUGAUCAACGCACGAAUUAAAGCAUUUCCAACCAACAACAAAAUUUUGAAGAGUGCUAAAAGCAUGGGAAUUUCACAGUCAUUAUUUAAUGACAUUUCCAAGAGUUUCGUUGCAGCAAUUGCUAAUAAAGAAGUACCGGCAAUACACCCAGAUUCUAUAACUAUUACAGGAGGCACAGAUGAAUCUGCAGAUAUAAUUGAUCGUGCUCUCCUCACAGCAUUCUUUAGUUAUGCUGAACCGCAUCUUCCCAAAGAUGUGAUUGAUAUAUUUAACUCUAUGCGCAAAUUGAGUGAUUUACGAUUCCCUAACGAAUGGUUCCCUGAAGCACGUCAAAUGCAAAGAAAGAUCAUCCUCCAUGUUGGACCUACAAAUAGUGGAAAGACUUACAAUGCCCUGAAAAGAUUAGAAGGUGCUGAAUCGGGCAUCUACUGCGGACCGCUGCGUUUGUUAGCCAACGAGAUUUAUGAGAAAAUGAAUGACAAGGGUGUCGCCUGCAACUUACUGACAGGAGAAGAACGUCGUAUUGUGUCACCCACUGCAGCACUGACCAGCUCAACAGUUGAGAUGGCCAAUCUGGCUAAACCAAUUGAGGUCGCCGUUAUUGACGAGAUUCAGAUGAUCGGUGACCCUCAGAGAGGUUGGGCAUGGACUCAGGCAUUGUUGGGUCUCAAGGCCCAAGAGAUUCAUUUGUGUGGUGAAGCAUCUGUGGUCCCACUGGUCAAAGAAAUCUGUGCAUCUUUAAAUGAAGAAGUGAUUGUGAAUGAAUACAAGCGCCUGACACCUGUCACAAUCUUGGAUGAGACUGUGGAUCCUCAGUAUACAGAUGUCAAAGCGGGAGAUUGCGUUAUUGCCUUUUCCCGAACAAGCAUCUUUAACAUCAAGGAAAGAAUCCAAGAAAGCACUGGCCUUAAAUGUGCUGUUGUUUAUGGCGGACUUCCACCAGAAACACGCGCUCUUCAAGCAAAGGCAUUUAAUGAUCCUGAGAGUGAUAUCGAUGUCAUGGUAGCUUCGGAUGCUGUUGGAAUGGGACUCAACUUAAAUAUUAAGCGUGUCGUGUUCUCAACUAUUGCAAAGUUCAAUGGAAAGGAUAAUACAAAUAUCAGUAUACCUCAAUUGAAACAAAUCGCCGGCCGUGCUGGUAGAUUUGGCACCACAUAUGCUUCUGGAGAAGUAACCACUAUCAGAGCAAAGGAUUUGAGUUAUGUUAAAGAAUGCAUGGAUACCGGUACCAUUGACUUAAAGCUUGCUGGUCUUCAGCCUACAGUAGAUAUUCUGGAAAUGUUUGCUCUUCAAAUGCCCAAAGAAAGAUUCUCUGGACUUUUGCAAAAAUUUGAAGACUUGGCGUCAUUAAGUGGAAACUACUUCCUUUGCAACUUUGAGGAUCAAAAGAUUAUUUCAGAUACCAUUGAACGAAUCAAGCUGCCCCUGCGUGAUCGAUAUCAGUUUGUUACUGCACCUGUUAAUGUGCGUAACAAGACCAGUUUACAGGUCAUUGAAGAUCUUGCCAGAAUUCACAGUAAAUCUGAAACCCAAUCCCUUGAAGACCUCACCCAACUUCCCGACAAAGCUCCAGAGGAUGAAGAUGGUCUUAUGAACUUGGAAACAGCUCACAAGACUAUUAUGCUGUACAUGUGGUUGAGCAUAAGAUAUCCCGAAACAUAUAUCACUGAACAAGAGAAGUGUGCAGAAAUCAAGAGAAAGUGCGAGGUGAUGAUCGAUGAUGCUCUCAAGAGUACUGCACUAAAACUCACCAAGAAGAAGGGGUCAUACGGCCAAAACAAAUCUUUCAACUCAUACAAAAAACCUAAUUUCAAUGGGUAUCCCAAUGCAAAUGAUAUUGAUUUUUCCAAAGGACCAAAGAAAUUCAAUAGAGAUCGGGGAUUCUCUAAUGAUAGAUUUAGAAAAAACUAA